AUGGGGGAUAGAUCGAUCCUCCAAAAGCUACAGACAGAUUGUGCAACUCCUCUUAGUGUACUUUUAAGGGUUGCAUAUUCAAUGAUUGAUGAAAUGAGAUGUGGACUUUCUGUUGCCGGUGGAGGUGAUCUUAAGAUGCUUCUCAGUUAUGUUAAUAGCUUCCCUACAGGGCCGAAGAGAGGGUUGUUUUAUGCUUUGGAUAUUGGAGGGACCAAUUUUCGUGUGUUAAGGAUACUGUUAGAUGGGGAAGGUAAUCUUGACCGGGAUGGCACUGAGAUGAAAUCCUGGGAGAUACAUGAAGAUCAGAAGACUGGUACUAAAGAGGGGUUAUUUGGUUUUAUCGCCUCGGCUCUGCGGGAAUUAGUAGAUCGGGAAUUUGAGAUAUACAAAAUUCAACGAGAAACUGAAAGGAAGAUAGGUUUUACAUUUUCAUUCCCUGUAAACCAGACGGCUAUUAAUGAAGGGACAUUAAUCGAAUGGACAAAAGGGUUCGAUGUCUCAGAUACAGUAGGAGAAAAUGUAGUUGCCUGUUUGGAAGAAGCUCUAGUAAGAUUAAACCUUAAUAUGUUUUCAGUAACUGCGCUGGUUAAUGAUGCCGUGGGAACGCUCGCUGGAGCAAUAUACACGGACAGUGAUGUGAAAGUUGCUGUCAUUUUGGGCACUGGAACUAAUGCGUGUUACAUAGAACGUAUGGAUGCCAUUCCUAAUAUAGUGGAGGAGGAUGGACAUACGAUCAUUAAUACAGAGUGGGGAGCGUUCUCUCAAGGAGUACUCCCUUUAACAGAAUUUGAUCAACACUUGGGUGAUAAUGAUGAGGGUAGACAAAUAUUUGAGAAGAUGAUUUCUGGUAAAUACCUAGGCGCAAUUAUGAGCCGAAUUUUGCUCGAGAUGGCUCGAUCAGAAAAUUUGUUUGGUGAAGACUAUACAGGGACUGUUGUUCUAAGGCAAAUAUUAUUCCUUAACCCCUUACAUAUGUAG